GACGGGACCGCGCAUCUCCGUUCUCCGCUGCUGAAGCGACUGCGGGGAACCAGAUGCCCUACUGUGAGCCGCUGCCUGUGGAUAUCGCGGAUGCCAGAGCAGAAUAGACCUAGUCGAGAGACAGACCCAUUCACACUCAGCCAAAGCGAUUAAAGGAGAGGGGUAGUGGGAGAGAUAAGGAGAGGUGGUUUUACACGUUGUCAGUGUGGUUUUCAGCUUCGGAAAAAGAGCUACUGUAAGAGGUGGUCUCGCAAUAUUGGGCACUAGAAGAAAAAAACGCGUUAUCCCGUUCUGCUGCUGCGGCUCGUGAGCGCAUUCUCUGCUCGGCUUGGAAUACAAUGUGUCUGCAUGAGACCAUGGAGAUACGGAGUGGAUUUAUCAAAGAGCACUUCGACAGUUUAUGAACAAAACUGGACCUCUCUUUUUCUACGGCAUUUUGUCCCCCUUUUUCGUUGGGAUUGUGUUUUUUUGUGUAUUUUACCGUUUGCAUAUUUUCGUUUGAUUUAUGGUGUUUUAUGAUUUCAUGUCAUAUUUUCCUUUUUUAACUAUUUAGUUUUUUUUAACUUUUCAUCGGUUUUGGAGGAGAGCUGGAUUGACUCGUGAAGAUUUGUGGAGAGAAGAUUCCGCGUCGCUCAUGUGAAUGAUAUUCUAUCUCUACAACUGAGACGUGCCAUGGAUGGAAAACUUCAUUUGCAUCAACGAAACCGAUCGGGAAAUAUCCGUUACAUCGAAUAACUACUGCUAACAGCAAUCAGGGACUCCUGAACCAGCAAACCAGGCAGUCAUCUUGUGAAACCCAGUGGAUGUACAGAAUCUAGUUAAAGGACGAAUGACAUAGGAUGAACACUACUGGCGGGGUGUGUCUGUGUGUGCUGUCGUCCCUCCUCGGUGUGGCCUGGGCCGUGGCUGCUCUAGUUCCUCUAGCUCUAGCUCCUCUUUCUACCCUGGCCGCUGCCUAUGGGGCUGUCAGUGGCGUCUCUCCCAGGGAGGCAGAGGGGGGCAGCCUCCCCUCCCAGUGCUCCAGCCUGGUAGCCGGGGUACUAUAUGGAUCUUUCUCUCUGAGAGAGCUGUUCCCGUCCCGGGUGCCAGGCUGUUCCUGGUCUUUGGAGAACCCUGAUCCCACCAAGUAUUCCCUCUAUCUCCGAUUCACCCGUCACCCCUCCAUCUGUCAAUCACACUCCCCCAUGCUCCUCCCCCUCGACCAUCAUCUAGCCAAUCAGAGCUGCCCACUGGAUCUACAGACAUCAACUCAGGACGUGAUAGACCUUUGCGGCAGCCAAUUAGAAUCAGAAGGACCUUAUUCAUUUUUACAGUUCGACAAAAACUUUGUUGAGCUAUGCCUGUCGAGACUACCGUCACCUGAUGAACCGCCGGUAACCAAGGAAAUGCUAGAACUCCGGCUGGUCGAGGUUUUGCUAAUCAACAAUGAGAACUCCAGCCAGUUCACCUGUGGAGUACUCUGCCGAUGGUUUGAGGAGUGCCUGCGCAAUGGUCGUCAUGGAGACGGUGACGCUGCUGACGGUGACGGUUGCAGAGUUACGCAGACGGGGUGUGUGUGUCCUAACAACAAUGUGGUCGUGGCUCAGCCUGUACCCCUUCUCCCUUCAACGCCCCAUAACAACGGAUCGCUGUUACCUGAGGAUUGCUGCGUCACAGAGCUGCACCAUAACAAUGCCAUCGCCAUAGCCCCCAGGGACGUCAGACAAGAUCCCUACUCAGACGAUGAUGACCUGAAGGUGAAGACACAGAGACCCAGAUCAGCAGACCAGCCAGGUGUGUUUCAGGCACAGACAGGUGACCCUGCGGCGGAGGAGUGGUCUCAGUGGAGUGUGUGUUCGUUAACAUGUGGUCAGGGUUGGCAGGUGAGGACGCGCUCUUGUGUGUCCUCUCCCUACGGCACCCUGUGUAGCGGCGCCCUGAGAGAGACACGUAUGUGUAACAAUACCGCCACCUGCCCCGGUGACCCAGCACUGAGCUCAGUGGAGGGCCAGUGGUUGGACUGGGCUCCGUGGUCUAGGUGCAGUGUAACCUGUUCCACAGGGAGCCAGCAGAGACAGAGGAGGUGUAGUGCAUCGGUGCACGUCUGGGCAGAGUGUAAGGGACCACACCAGGAGACCAGGGAGUGUACCAACCCAUCCUGCGGUGGUGGGGGUAACUGGGGCAGCUGGAACCACUGGAGUCUGUGCAGUAAGACGUGUGACUCAGGGUGGCAGCGUCGCUUCCGGAUGUGUGAGGGGACAGGGAUACAGGGUUACCCCUGUGACGGCUCUGGAGAGGAGGUCCGUUCCUGCAAUGACAAGAAGUGCCCCGCACCUCAUGAGAUCUGUAGAGAUGAGUACCUUGUAGCCAUGACCUGGAAAAGUGCCUCGGCUGGAGAAACAGUCUACAACAAGUGUCCGACUAACGCCACUGGAUCUGCUAGUCGUCGUUGCUUGCUGGACGCUAAUGGAGUUGCUUACUGGGGUCCUCCGAGCUUCGCCAGAUGCGUCUCGAUGGAUUUCAGAUAUUUACAUUUAUCUUUGCGAGAGCAUCUUGCGAAGGGUCAGAGGACCCUGGCUGGAGAGGGCAUGUCUCAGGUCGUGAGGAAUCUCCUGGAGCUCUUACAGAGGAGGAGCUAUUACAGCGGUGACCUCCUGUUCUCCACGGAGAUUCUCCGAAAUGUGACGGACACCUUCAAGAGAGCAACCUACAUCCCAGUACCCGACGACGCGCAGAAAUUCUUCCAGGUAGUCAGCUACAUGUUGGACAUGGAAAACCUAGAGAAAUGGGAAGACGCUCACCAGGUUUCUCCUGGUGCUGCCCAUCUCAUGCGUAUAUUGGAGGACUUCAUCCAUCUGAUAGGAGAUGAUCAGAAACCCUUCCAGAGUUUCCUGGUGGUCACCAACAACCUCAUGAUAACGAUACAGCGAGAGCCCGUGACAGCGGUGUCCAGUGACAUCAAUUUCCCCAUGAAGGGUAGGAGGGGCAUGAAGGACUGGGCUCGAUCCGCUGAAGACAAACUCUACAUCCCCAAAGAAGUCUUCACCCUCACCUCCGAUGAAACAGAAACAGAGACUUCAUAUUUUGUCAUCGGAGCCAUCCUGUAUCGGACCUUAGGAGUCAUCCUACCUGCCCCCAAUGCCCCUGCUGUGAUCAACUCGAAGAUUCUGACGGUGACGGUCCGACCAGAACCCAAACCCAGUGAACCAAUGGUAGUGGUGGAGCUGUCCCCGCUGCUCAAUGGCACAUCAGAUCCUCAGUGUGUUGUCUGGGACUAUGGGAACCCGGAAGCUGGCGCUAAGAACUGGGACACAGAGGGCUGCCAAACACUCACGUCUGCCGCCGUCCACACUAAAUGCCUGUGCAGCAGGAUCUCAACCUACGCUGUGCUAGCGCAACAAGCUAAAGACCCGGAAAUGGGUCCGUCCAGUAUGCCCUCUGUGCCCCUCAUGGUGGGCUGUGGGGUCUCCUGCAGCGCUCUGCUUAUCCUGUUGCUCAUCUAUGCUGCCUUCUGGAGGUAUAUUCGUUCGGAGAGGUCUAUCAUCUUGGUGAAUUUUUGUCUCUCCAUCCUGGCCUCCAACAUCUUAAUACUGGUUGGACAGUCCCAGACACUCAGCAAGGGCCUGUGUACUGUGACUGCUGCGUUCCUUCAUUUCUUCUUCUUGGCAUCGUUCUGCUGGGUACUGACAGAGGCGUGGCAGUCUUACCUGGCUGUGAUUGGCAAGAUGAGGACGCGCCUCAUACGCAAACGCUUCCUGUGCCUGGGCUGGGGUCUCCCAGCCCUGGUGGUUGCUGUGUCAGUAGGUUUCACUAGAGCCAGAGGUUACGGUACACCCAGCUAUUGUUGGCUGUCCUUGGAAGGCGGGCUUCUCUACGCCUUUGUCGGUCCUGCAGCCGUCAUCGUAUUGGUGAACAUGCUGAUUGGUAUUGUGGUCUUCAACAAACUCAUGUCUCGAGAUGGCAUCUCGGACAAGUCUAAAAAGCAAAGAGCUGGUCCACCGCUGGAGGCGUCGCGUAGCAGACUGCUCCUGAAAUGCUCCAAGUGUGGUGUGAUCUCAAGUACAGCUAUGUCCAGCUCUACAGCCAGCAGCGCCAUGGCGUCCCUGUGGAGUUCCUGUGUAGUUCUCCCUCUGCUGGCUUUGACUUGGAUGUCUGCUGUGUUGGCCAUCACCGACCGCCGCUCCACACUGUUCCAGGUCCUGUUUGCUGUCUUUGACUCUGUCCAGGGCUUCGUCAUCAUUACUGUGCACUGUGUCAUGCGCCGCGAGGUCCAGGACGCAGUGCGCUGUCGGAUAGGGGGAUGUAAAGAUGACAGCGAGAACUCACCGGACUCAUGCAAGAAUGGACAGGUGCAGAUCAUGACGGACUUUGAAAAAGAUGUGGACCUGGCAUGUCAAACAGAGAGAGGACACCCAUUCAUCUUCAAGGAGGUGAACACCUGUAACCCGGCAACCAUCACCGGGACCCUCUCCCGAAUCUCCCUUGAUGAAGAGGAUGACCCUAAACUGGCGACCCACCAGGAGGGGGGUUUAGGGGUCAACUUCAGCUCCCUCCCUGGAAACAUCCCCCCUCCUAACCUACUCGUUCAGGUACCCCCGCUGGGUGUUCUGAACGAGCUGAGUGACACCCCUGGGAAGAAGGAGGUGAACAUGGAGCAGAAGAGGCAGCAUGGGAACCCCAGGAACACAGUGCCUGUAUACCUCUGCACCGAUAGCGGGCUGGGCUGGUCUCGACCGCCUCCUCCUCACAAUACCCAGGAUGGACCUAGCGGGGGAGGGGAGGGGGACUAUAUGGUGUUACCCCGUAGGACGGUCAGUCUAAAACCCCCUCCACCCCCGGGGCUGGGGCUGGGGGGCGAGGACAAGCCCCUGAACAUCGCGGUGGACGACCCGCCUUUCCCCCCGCCCCCCUCGCCCAUGACACUCCACCCGGUGGAGAGCGAGGCCUACCCGGCCGACUUCAUCUCACCCGGCGACCACAACAUGAAUAUCGCAAUGAACAUGAACCGCUCCUAUGGGACGCUCAAGCAGCUCCCCAUGCACGGGGGUCAUGGACCCCAGGGCCACAUGCAAGUUCCGGGCAGCCACGUGCACGGCCAUGGGCAAUCACUGCAGCUGAAGCCGGGCCAGAGGCCGUCGGUGAGGCAGAUACUAACAGGAGGGGAAGGCACCCGGACCCUGCCACGCAACCUUGGCAGCACCAAUGCUAACGCCAGCCUCUCUGCUGGCUCCCUGGAGAGGAAAAGAGUACGGUACUCUGAGCUGGACUUUGAGAAAGUGAUGCACACUCGCAAAAGACACUCUGAGCUGUACCAUGAGCUCAACCACCCCACCACCAAGUUCCACACCAUAGACAGGUAUAACAGGGACCCCGCCAUGUCCACCUUCAAGAGGGAAAAGCGAUGGAGCAUUUCGUCUGCCGGAGGUGAAAAGAACUCUUCGAGUGACAAGUCGACCCCGACCCAAGACGACCAGCACUCCUGGGACAGCUUCAAGACCAUGACCCCUGAGCUGUCCAUCGUGCCGGGGGAGCACAAGGACAGGAUGGAGCUGCACAACAAGACCACCUGGGACUCCUCGUCUGCCAACACACCUGACACGUCCGAGGGGGACUUCCAGACUGAAGUGUGAUGAGGCAGAGAAACACACACACACACAUGCAGAAACACACAUACAAAGAAACCCAGAUAACGCAUAUACACACACAAACAAAAAUGUUCACACAGACAGAAAUGCAAAAACAACUACAUUCAGAAUCAGAGAAACACACACACACACACACACACACACACACACACACACACACACACACACACACACACACACACACACACACACACACACACACACACACACAAGCGUAGACAAACAGGUAGCCACAUGUACAUACAUAGACAGACACACAGCACUCCUCCAAACUGCUCACAUCCUAAAAUCUGCUCUCUAAAGGAUGAUAUCAUUUGUUUACUGCUAAUGUGGACAAGGACAAAGCAAAGACAACUGUUCUCUUCUAUAUUUUCAAACAGACUUUAAAUGAGAGAACAGGGGCUUGAAAGAGACUGGGACUGAGAAAUUUUUAAAUGGACUAAAAAACUGAAAAACUUUCUGAAAAAUGUCUUGGUUUUAUUCACUGGAAAAAAGGAUUCUCUUUCACCUGUUUGAUGAUUUGAAAAAAAAAAAUGAAUAUUUCUGCACCGUUCUGUUCUUUUUAUAGAGAAGAAAUCUCACUGAUGUUUGGCACACUGUUAAACCCCUUAGGCUCCCUCUCUUCAUUUCUCUCCUUCUUUCCCUUCUAAUGGAUGACGCAAGCACUCGUUUUUUCUUCUCUUGUUUGGGAGGGGUUGGGGAGGGGCAAGUAUGGAGAUAUAGAACGGAUCAUUGACAUGUGACAUCCUCUGCUAAGUCUCACACUCUGCUCUCGUCAUCCUUUUUCAAUGUCGUGUGUUUUCCUUUUUGUAUUGUUAUAAUUUUAGUUAUGAUGUCCUUUCUCUUUGGUUAAAACAUUUUUUACCAACAAAAACAAUUUGUGACAAAAAAAACCUUCAACUGAGUUUCAGUUGUUGUCUCAUUGUCUGUCUCUUAUAUGAAAGUCCUCUUUUAUUUUGAGUUUCCGUUCAUGCUUGUGCUGCCUUUUCCAUGCGGAAUUUUAAAGAGUGAUUUAUAACACAUCUGUGAUAUGUGAGCUUGCUUUCUGAGACAACAUGUUCUCAACGGUACACCUGUGGGAAUUGAGCGAAGGGUAUCAUCCAGAUUCACGCACAUUUCCAUCGCUCUUUUUCCAGUUCAGUAAAAAAAGUAUUUCAAAGUCUUGAAACAUUUGAAUCAAUUACAGACAUAACCAACCAAAGCUGUCUUUCUGUCAGGAGAGUGUAGCCUAUCUGAAAGUGUUGCUGUAGCGUUUCCCCUCCCUCCAAAUGGAUCCCAGGUCUUGUUAUAAGUCUAUUUCAAUUAUUCUUACUCCCACUGCUUUAGGUGCUGUAUGGAUCACUGUGCCGUGCAUCUGCUCUCAUCCCCUCAAGAAAACAGGCAAAUAAAGUCAUCUAUAGUUUCAGAUGCAAGGACCCGAGGUGCUUUUGCUACUCAGCUUGUCCGUAGUUGUCUUUGUUGUGAAUGAAAGAGAGGCAGCAAAACAAGGAAUAGAUGGAUAGUUAGGAUAGCAACUCAACCCAAAUGUUCCGCUUUGGUCAGACAUGCUGCCAGGGCUUUUGUGGAAAAUGUAGACAGGUGUGAAAUCAAAGUAUAUCCCCAAACAUGUUCAUUGUAUUUCUCUCUCUUUCUCUCUCUCUCUCUCUCUCUCUCUCUCGCUCUUUCUCUUUCUCUCUCUCUCUUCUAUUCUUCUCUCUGUUUAUCUCUCUCACUCGCAGUCUGUCUCACUGUUUCUCUCACUCUCACAUUCCUCACUCCACCAUGGAUCAUGAAAUCUUCAUGUAACAGUGCAGUCCUUUCUAUCAGCUCUCACACAAACACAACUCGAGGAGAGAGAGAAAGAGAGAGAGAGAGAUUAAAAUGAAAUGGAAGAGAGAACAGAGUAAGAGAUGCGAGGGAGACAUAAGAAGAGAUAGAGAUGAUACAGGGAGUAAAAUGGGAUAGAGGUAUUUUCUGCACGACAUACGGCACUGGUCACAAGCAGUGCGCUAAAUGGGUAAUAGAGUGCCAUUUGGGACGCAGACAAAUCACUUUUGAGUUGACUAUAUAAAGUUGAAAACAUCAGACAGAAAAAAACACCCACACCUGACUAUGUUUUAAUACUACGCUCUUAGAAAGAAGGUGCUAUCUAGAAAUGUAAAGGGUUCUUCAUCUGUCCCCAUAGGAGGACCACUGAAAAAAACAUUUUUGGUUGCAGGUAGAAUCAAUGUGGGUUCCAUGUAGAGCUCUUUCUACAGAGCGUCUACAUGGACCCCAAAACAGUUCUACCUGGAACCAAAAAAGGGUUCUCCUGUGGGGACAGAUGAAUAACCUUUUAGGAACCCUUUUUUCAAAGAGUAAAUAGCACCCUUCCACUAAUUCACUAUACUCUUGACUCUCCACUCCCUUCACUAAGUACUGAGAGUUGGUUACAGAGAUGAGGUGUUUUAAAGGUAUACCUCCUGGAGGGCACAUCUCCAGGGUUAGUCCUUACACACUCCCUAGCAGAUGUGCAAUACCUCCCAAUUAGACUAGGGCUGUGGAGAGAAAGAGAGAGAGGAGGGAUGAGAAAGAGAACAAGCGAGAUUGACAGAACAGAAUACAAUGAGAGAAAAGAGAAUGAUAUAAAAUCAGUGAGAGAAAGAGCUAUAGAGGGAGAGUAAGGGAGAGCUAAAUAGGUAGCGAGAGAGAGAACUAGAGAUGGAGAGCAGCGGUGAGCUCUAACAGUAAUUAUCCAGGGGAAUGUCCUGACAUUUGUCCUGACAUUUUCCGAGGCUGCCCUCAAACCAUCUGUGUAAAGAUCGCAAAUGGUACAGCAUGGAACACACACACAGAUGGCAAGACAAGAGAGCCUGCCUCUCCAACCUUUACCGCUAAUCAGCUGAUAUGCAGCUCUAGCAGGACGAAGUCGCCCCAGACGCUGAUCUACGGUCAGUUUUGCAUUACCCCUCCCUAAUGGUUUGGGUUGGGAAUGUGGGCAGGGUAAACUGAUCCAAAAUCAUUUUCUAAUGGCUACUUAUCUCUGACUCAUCAUACAACUGUGAAGGGAAAGUUUAUGAUAGGUACUCAUGAGACUGUAGAAUCACCUUAGUUCUCUCACACAGAGGAACGGCUGAUGGUAUCCUAAUCCUUGUUCUAUCCUAAUCUUAAUCCCAAAUGCCAGAACCAGGUUGAUAAAUACCACACUAGAGAGACAGGUAAGUGAGAGAGUGGGGAUGCAACUUCCUGAAUUGACAAACUUCUACAGAUCAUCAAGAUAACUAGUGUUUAAAUUGGUCCAUGAUCGUGUGACUGUUCCUAAAUCUGUUUCAUUCCAUCAAUCAGUGUCCACUUCCUUGGUGAUCACCUCUGAUCUGUUCUACCAGAAAACCCAUCUGAUUAAUACAGAAGAGAACUUCUCUACCUCUAAAGCGAUGUGUUGUGUUAGUUGUUUUUUUCAUGGGCUUUUGAAAAGUUUCAGACGAUGAAUAUACAAUCUGUCAAUGAGAACUUCAAUCAUUAAACUUCAUAACCGUAAAUCCUGUAAAGAUUUAGUGAAUUGCACAGAUGAGGUAUUGAAAGCAGUAUUUUUGAAAUGUAUCUCCAGAGUGUGUGGUUUGAUGCAAGAAUAUGAUACAUUUACUAAACUCUAGAUACAUGAGAGUUUGAUAGGUGCAACAAACAGAAACUUUGAUCUUGGACUACAGAGGUUACCCUCCAACCUACCAUGCUUGAGAUGUUGACCUAGCUUCUCAUACAACCAUCACAGCUCUCCCACUGGUGUUACAAAAGAAAGUCACUCCUUCCUUUUCCUCCCACAUUCAUGUUUUUUAUACAUAAGAUUGUACAAAGUAGUCCUCUGUUUUCAUAGAGUGUCUUUUUAUAUGAAAAUAAAUUUUCAAAUUGA